AUGGUAUUUCUCCGCUCUCUUUCUCGAAAUCUACCUCGAUCCGUGCCCCUCCUCGCCAGUCGAGGGGGUAUACGGGCGCCUCCCUCCCCUUUCCCUCUGUCAUUGACUACUACCCGGACACUAACCGCGACAUCGAAUCGACAGGGUAAAGUUCUGAUGGUUAUGUAUGAUGGAGGAGAACAUGCGAAGCAGCAACCUGGCUUACUGGGAACAACCCAGAAUGAACUUGGGUUGAGAAAAUGGCUUGAAGACAACGGCCAUACUUUGGUGACCACUUGUGACAAGGACGGCGAUGGGUCAACCUUUGAUCGUGAACUUGUCGAUGCUGAAGUCAUCAUCACUACACCAUUUCACCCCGGCUAUCUUACAGCUGAACGUUUGGCGAAGGCAAAGAAGCUGAAACUUGCAGUGACUGCGGGUGUCGGAUCCGACCAUGUCGACCUCAAUGCCGCCAACAAAACUAAUGGCGGCGUUACUGUUGCUGAAGUUACCGGCUGCAAUGUCGUUUCUGUCGCCGAACAUGUUGUCAUGACCAUUCUAGUCCUUGUUCGAAACUUCGUUCCGGCCCACGAACAAAUCGUAAAAGGCGAGUGGGACGUCGCUGCUGUUGCGAAAAAUGAAUAUGAUCUUGAAGGCAAAGUUGUUGGAACCGUUGCUGUUGGCCGUAUUGGUGAGCGAGUGCUUCGUCGGUUGAAACCCUUCGAUUGUAAGGAGCUCCUGUACUACGACUACCAACCCCUUAGCCCCGAGGCCGAGAAGGAGAUCGGAUGUCGACGUGUUGAGAAUUUGGAAGAAAUGCUGGCUCAAUGUGAUGUUGUUACUAUCAAUUGCCCUCUUCAUGAAAAAACACAGGGACUGUUUAACAAAGAAUUGAUUUCAAAGAUGAAGAAAGGCUCCUGGCUUGUGAAUACAGCACGUGGAGCAAUAGUCGUCAAGGAGGAUGUUGCCGAAGCAGUCAAAUCUGGCCAUCUCCGCGGAUAUGGUGGUGAUGUCUGGUUCCCACAACCUGCUCCUAAGGAUCACCCCCUCCGCUAUGCCGAAGGCCCUUGGAGUGGUGGCAACGCCAUGGUUCCACACAUGUCUGGAACUUCCAUCGAUGCUCAAAUUCGCUAUGCCCAGGGUACUAAGGAUAUCCUUCAGUCUUAUUUCUCCGGCAAAUUUGAUUACAAGAACGAAGACCUUAUUGUUCAUGCUGGUGACUAUGUUACCAAGGCAUAUGGCCAGCGGAGUCAAAUCCGUGAUGAGAAGCGGAGCUAA